GCAUAUUUACCUCCCACACUUGGGUAAGUCCAAUGAAGUCCCUUCUUGAAUUCAACUUUCGAAUUAUGUAUUCCGUACCUCAUCAGCACAAGCUUCAAUGUUCCAUCCCUUGCCCCUAAUUCUAACAUUACACCUUCGAUGCCAAUCAAGCGAGAAUGGCGGUGCCCAUGCCAGCAGCCAGCAGUGUACAAUCUCAGAUCUUUAUGCCCUUUCCCGUUUCACUCCAAGUUAUGACAGUUGCCAGCAGCCAGCAGCCAGCAUGCAUGAACAUGUAACUUCGAACACGUGGUCUACUAAAGUCUUAGUGAGAUGCCACUUAUCACGAAAUUGGGUUACUCUCUGUUCUUUCUUAUAAGUCUUCAAUUAGCUUCGUCGACGAUUAUGAAUGUUUGCAGUUCAGUACUUAUAAGUACAAAACUGCAACUCCACAUGAUGAUGACUGGGACUGUUAAUAUAACUACGUGGCUUUAUAGACAGCCGUGACUGGGGGCUCAUGAAUCCUUAGUCACUAUCCUUAGUCACUCUAGACUGGAACAUGUAACAUUAUAUUAUAUACACUGUCAUGACCAUUUCUUCACCCUUUUUAUAUUCACGCAACUAGUGUUGCCUCUGAGAAGUAUUCAACUAUUUACUGACUAUUUAGACAGAUUGCAGGAAUUCCCUGGAAUCCUUUCCCUCCCACUCUUAUCCUUCAUUAACUCAACCAUCUCCUCGCUAGCAAAAUGGCGAAACAAUUCUUUGCUAACGUAAAAUCGGUCUUGAGCGGCGACACUCUAGUGCUAACUAGCCAGAGUAACCCGAAUGCGGAGCGCAUUUUUUCCUUGGCCUUCGUCACCGGACCUCAUCUUAAGAGAGAUGGCGACGAACCCUUCGCCUUCCAGUCCCGGGAUUACUUGAGGAAACUAGCCGUUGGCAAGGUUGUUCAAUGUUCCAUUCUCUAUACCAUCCCUACGUCUGGAAGAGAAUACGGUGUUGCCCAGCUCAAAGAUGGGACUACACUGCCAGACGAAUUGGUCAAGGCUGGCUGGCUUAAGGUCAGAGAAGAUGCAGGCCGUAAAGAAGAGUCUGAAGAAGUUCUGCAACGACUUGAAACCCUUCGUUCCCUAGAAGCAGAAGCCAAGGCCGAGGGGAAGGGGCUUUGGGAAGGCAUUGGCGGAAUCAUCGAAGUCCAAAACGAUAUCAACGGCCUUGACAUCGACGAAUGGAAGGGCAAAAGUAUCGACGGGGUUGUCGAGCGCGUUCUAAGCGGUGAUCGCCUGCUUGUGCGCCUAAAGCUGUCCGACAAGAAGCACUUGCAGGUUAUGACGCUUGUUGCCGGUAUCCGUGCACCCUCUACAGAGAGGGUUAACCAGUCGACUGGCCAGACCCAACCCGCGGAAGAGUUCGGAAACGAAGCGCGACAAUACGUCGAACAAAGACUUCUUCAGCGCGACGUCAAGGUCGAAAUAGCUGGUACCAGCCCGCAAGGACAACUCAUUGCCUCCAUCUUGCACCCUCGUGGCAGUAUCGCGGAAUUUUUGCUUGCCGAUGGACUUGCAAGAUGCAAUGACUUCCACUCUACCUUACUCGGUCCGAAGAUGGCGACUUUGAGAGCAGCCGAAAAGAAGGCCCAGGCGGCCAAAUUACGCCUCCACAAGGACCACGUAGCCAAGGCCGAGGGUGGUAGCUCAUCCGAUAUGAUUGUCUCGAAAAUCCAAGGAGCGGACGCGAUAUUUGUUCGUACUAAGAACGGCGCUGAGAAGCGAAUCAACCUUAGCAGUGUUCGGGGGCCCAGAGCCAACGAGCCUUCCGAAGCCCCUUUCAGAGACGAGGCAAAGGAAUACCUUCGAAAGAAACUAAUUGGUAAACACGUACAAGUAUCUAUCGACGGACAUCGGCCUGCUAGCGACGAUUUCGAGGCACGUGAUGUAGCUACUGUCACCGAGAAAGGCAAGAAUAUCAACCUUCAACUGGUUCAAGAUGGCUGGUGUUCCGUGAUUCGACACCGUAAGGAUGACACUGAUAGAGCACCGAACUACGAUGAGUUACUUGCGGCUCAAGAAAAGGCGAAAGAGGAGAAGAAGGGUAUGUGGUCUGGAAAGGCAUCAAAAGCUAGGACGUAUGUCGAUGUUUCGGAGUCUGUCCAGAAAGCCAAGAUUCAGCUUUCAACCCUUCAACGUCAAAAGAAGGUACCUGCGAUAGUUGAUUUCUGCAAAGCUGGCUCAAGGUUCACCAUCCUCAUUCCUCGAGAAGGGGUCAAGCUCACUAUGGUACUUGCUGGCGUUCGUGCUCCUCGAGCACCUCGUUUACCUCAAGAGAAGGGCGAACCCUUUGGGCAGGAAGCAUUAGAUCUUGCCAACCGCCGGUGUAACCAGCGUGACUGCGAAAUCGAUGUUCAUGACAUUGACAAAGUUGGUGGGUUCAUUGGCGACCUCUACGUCAACCGCGAGAGUUUUGCCAAGGUGUUAGUAGAGGAGGGCCUUGCAUCUGUCCACAGAUACUCAGCGGAGAAAGCCGGUAAUGCCACUGAGCUUCUAGCUGCCGAGAAGCGUGCAAAGGAAGGCCGUAAAGGCAUUUGGCAGGACUGGGAUCCGUCACAAGACGAAGAUGUUGAAGAAGAGACUACUAAUGUAGAAGCUUCAAAUGACGCUGCGCCUACGGAUAAGCAAGCUUCCGAUUACCGGGAGAUAGUCGUCACCAACAUUGAUGCAAACGGGAGGAUCAAGAUUCAAGAGGUCGGAAAGGGAACUUCCGCUCUAGAAAUUCUAAUGAGCGAGUUCGCAAAGUUCCACAUUGACUCCAAGAACAAUAAGCCCCUUGCCAACCCCCCAAAGACUGGCGACCUCGUGGCGGCUAAGUUUACAGCUGAUGGCCAAUGGUAUCGUGCACGAGUGCGGUCGAAUGACAGGACUGCUAAAGUUGCCGAAGUCGUCUAUAUUGAUUAUGGCAACAGCGAAAAGAUCCCCUGGUCUAGCCUCCGAGCACUGGACCAGCCGCAGUUCUCGACGCAGAAACUCAAGGCACAAGCUACUGACGCCGCACUCUCGUUCAUCCAACUGCCUACUGCCCCCGACUACUUUAACGACGCGCUAAACUACAUUGCCGAGGCCACAGACGGACGAAAAUUAGUGGCCAGCUUCGACUUCGUGGAUCAGAAGGAAGGUUUGAGUUAUAUCACUCUGUUCGACGAGAAGAAGCCGAGCAGCACCUUUACAGACUCCAUUAACAAGGACAUCGUGGCAAAUGGUCACGCGCUUGUCCCCAAGAAGCUGAAGGCAUGGGAACGCGGACGCGCUUCCGAGGAAGUACUGAAGAAGCUACGCGAGGUUGAGUCCCAGGCCAAGGCGGACCGCUUGGGCAUGUGGGAGUAUGGUGAUAUUACCGAGGACUAAAUAAUACAACCUUUCCCCUUUCCCGUCUUUAGGUUGGACUGGUUUUCUUGAGUCAGUAUGGGGUCUCUUCAGCAUAUUUGCAUGGCAUGGGGAAGACAAAAAAAAAAAGCUGCAUCGUAGAAUAUGAAGCAAUAGCACGUAUAGUCUAGCCAAGUAAAAGCAUCAUCACACGAGCGUGUAGAUAUAAGGUUUUAAAAGAGCAUGUCCUAUUCUUAGGGAUAAUAAAUGCGAAUUGUUGUUCAGACGCUUUGUUCCUCCUACAAAUAUCAGGUCUCGGUUUGGGCUGGUUUUAUGCCCGCCUCGACAUUUAAUAGAUCUGAUGGUUAAGUACUUUUGCUACGUGUCAAUUUUUGUAGUCG